AAGUACUUAAGGCAUGACAAAUGGCUUUUGAUAUCAGUAUAGAGAAGUACUGAGAACAAAGUCUAUGUAUAUACAUACAUAUAUGUGUGAUAUAGCAUUAUUCAAAUUACAAAAUCAUAUAAAAACCGAUGUUUGUGGUCUAUAAAAGGAGAAAAAUAAUAUUGUACAAUAAUUAAAAUGUUUUAGAACAUCGUAAGCUAGUGCAAAAAGUGCGAUAUUAAUUCUAGUGCGUUAUAACUAAAAUAUUAGGUAUAGAGUUCGCCCUCCGUUGUCAUAAAAGAUGGCACCUUCAUGUUUCGAGGUGAUCCUCGUUGGUUUCUUCCUUAUGAUACCUGUGUUGUAUGAAGUGAGCAGGACUUUUCGUUACUAUCUCAAGUUUUUUAUCUAUUAUGGAGUUGUAAUGGUGAAUUCAUUGCUCGUCCUUCCAAUUAUGUGCUUUCGACCGAAGAACGUGAAAAAUUAUUUAUUAGCAUCAGCUACAUGUUCCUUUUGUACUCACCUUAUGGGAGUACAAUGGGAAUUAAGGGGGAAAGAACAUUUAGAAAAAGAAAGAGCAUGUAUAAUAGUAUCAAAUCAUCAAAGUUCUUUAGACAUAAUGGGAAUGUACCAAAUAUGGCCAAUAAUGCAAAAGUGCACAGUUGUAGGAAAAAAACAGAUUUUUUAUGCAUGGCCAUUUGGUUUAGCUGCUUGGUUUUGUGGAUUGAUAUUUAUAGAUAAAAUGCAAUCAGAUAAAGCCCGUUCAAUUUUAAAUAGUGCCAUAGUCUAUCUUAAAAAAGAUAAGAUUAAAUUGUGGAUAUUUCCUGAAGGCACUAGGCGCAAUACUGGCAAAAUUCAUCCAUUUAAAAAAGGUGCCUUUCAUGUUGCAAUUAAUGCUCAGUUACCUAUAUUACCAGUUGUUUUUUCUUCUUAUUACUUUUUGUCUUCUAAAGAAAAGAGAUUUGAUGCCGGUCGAGUUAUUAUAACAACUUUACCACCAAUAUCAACAGAAGGACUAACAUCAGCUGAUAUUGAAAAUUUAAUAGAAAGGACAAAGAAUACAAUGACAGAAGUUUUUCAUGCCACCAGUCAUGAAGUACAACAAUCAAAUAUUUCUUCCUAGAGUAAAAUAAUUUUUUCAUGGUAAAUUGAUAGAAUUUUUAUUUAUAUUU